AUGGUAAGACUUACUGACGAUACCGGCGAAACGUCUGGGAAUGUACCACGUCCACGGUCUGACUCUGGACAUAAUUGUACAUAUUAUGGACUCCGGAUAAGAUGCCACCUAAUACCUUCAAAUUUGUCAUUACUACAUCUACCACCUGAACUCAGUCUGCACUUCGCCUACAGUUUGGCCUUUGGCCUUUUGGCGUUGAGCACUGCUCGCCUUGUUUAUCUAUGGCUGCCCCAUUUUGCUUUGCUAGCCACCCUCAGCUUUGCUCAUUCCCUCUCUGCUUUGCUCUCUUGGUCGAUGCCUCUGAUCACUGCCCUUGCAAACUAUAUAUCCGUUACUCGCCACUACAAUGUCUUUCAUCCUUGCUCUCAAAGUCCUCGGAACCCUGGUAAUUGGAUCGACAGAGCUGGAAACUAUUUUACUGUACUUCGUUUAUCCAAUUCUAACGCUACGGCUAACACGUGGCCCGAAAAUACUAGCGAAGCGGAGGAAGCCGACGGCCAAGAGGCAUUGCUGAAUCCAGAAAACUGUUGCUUAAUUUCAGAACAGUCUUCUAAGCUUCCUUCAUCGAUUGAGUCUCGGAGGCUCCGAUUCAUCUCAAUCUUCCGUACCCUGUUUAUGUCUACUCAACGUCUUCUGCUCUACAUCUCCGAAGCCUGGCUAACUACAGGCUUAGCCUGUCAACCCUUCCCUGAAUUAAGUCGUCCAUUUCCCCGUCUCCUAAGCGAUGCUCGAAGUCAAGAAUCGCCUACUUCUGCCUCAUCUUCCACUCUCAUUUCGAACUCUGGUUUAGGCUGCCAAAGACCCGGAAGGCCUACUUUUUCAGCUCUCCCUGUUUCUACCUCUCUGCCGGGUUCUUCUGGUAUAUUUCAUUCGGCUCUGCUGAUACUGCUUGCUUCUUUAAUCGCAUACCAGGUUAUGCAUACAUGA